CUCUGUUUCUCCCUUUGUCUCCCUUUGUCAUCGACAGAAAUCUAGUGAAAGAAAAGCUGCUAGGCUGACUGAGGGCCGUUUCGGACUGGGCUGACCAUGCGUACGCGCCAACGCGGAAGGCGGAAGAGGUUUAUAGCGCCGUGGAGGCCAAUUAUUCACGCUACCCGUAAUGAGGUCGGGGGGCCGGGGCGUGCGACCUUCCGGCUAUUCGCUUGUUCAGGUUGGCGGACGGCGCGCAGCGCACCUUCGCGUGCAAUGGUAGCCGGAUCGGCGUACAGUUGCCAGGGCCUCAUCAAGCCCGACAAGCAGCGUGUCACUUAGGAAGCUGAAGGAAGGUCAAUUUUUUUCCGCGUAUAAAGCUGGGAAGACCGUGGUGCGCUGUUCUCACUUGUCCCCUCUUCCCGCUCUGCCAUUCGUCUGCCAAUACCCCGGAAGCCUGUCCCCAUGUCUAUCGAAUAUACCGUUUUCAAGGGCUCCGCGAGUGGGCGCAUCUACAAGGACUCGGCGAGCCGCCAGCUGAGGGCAGACGAUGUGGUCGUCAAAAUCACGCACUCUGGGUUAUGCUACUCGGAUGUCCACUUCAAGCACCGCGACAUGGUCAUUGGCCAUGAAGGCGUCGGUGUCGUCGCCUCGAUCGGCCCAGCAUGCACAUCCCUCAAAGUUGGUGACCGCGUAGGAUGGGGCUUUGUGCGCGACACAUGCGGCCACUGCGAUAUGUGCUUCGAGGGAGAGGAUAUGUACUGCGAGACCGCUGACACGUACGGCAACAAGAGCCUCGACACUGGCUCCCUGGCCUCGCAUGCCGUCAUUCGUGAAUCUUUCCUCUUUACCAUCCCGGACGCCGUCUCGCUCGAGGACGCGGCGCCCAUGAUGUGCGCUGGCGCGACCGUCUUCGAGGCUUUGAACCGCUACGGUGUCAAGUCUACCGACCGCGUCGGCAUCAUCGGCGUCGGUGGCCUCGGUCACUUGGCUAUCCAGUUUGCCGCCAAGAUGGGCUGUGAGGUCGUCGUCUUCAGCAGCACGGACAACAAACGUGAGGAGGCUCUCGCGAUGGGCGCCACCGAGUUCUAUGCCGUCAAGGGCCUGACGGAGCUCCCCGUCGAGCGCAAAAUUCACUGCCUUCUCUCCACCGGCAGCGGACAAAUCCCCUGGGGCUUGUACAUGCCCAUCAUGGCGCCCAAGGGCAAGAUCUUCCCCCUCACGGUCGAGAUCGGCAACUUCGUCGGCCUGCCCGCGCUCCCCAUCAACGGCAAGGGCCUCACGCUGCAGGGCUCGACCGUCGCGCCGCGCCAGGUGUUCCCGAAGAUGCUCGCGCAGGUAGCGCAGCACGGGAUCAAGCCCGUUAUUGAGACGUUCCCGAUGACGGAGGCGGGCAUUGCCCAGGCGAUGGAGCGCGUUGAGUCGGGGAAGAUGAGGUAUAGAGCGGUGUUGGUGGCGCAGGAUUAGAGGGGGCGGUUAGAGUGGAGUUGGUGCGCGGACAUUCAUGCAUAGAUAUAGAUAUAGACAUAGAUUCGCUCUCGGCGUAGGGUGUCAAACACGUAUAUAAUAUAGGGUCUACAUGCACUCGAUUCU